AUGGUCCGGGAGAUAGGCCGGCACGGCAGCGCCCUCUGUGCCUCUUCCCCACCCCCGCCCCCGCCCCCCACAUUCUGCCGCGUCUGUUGGUGGCGGCGCCCGCGCCCGCGCCCGCGCCCGCUUCGUUCCACAAACAGGGAGGCUGCGCUGCGGGUAGCGGACGUGCAGGCGCCAAGACGGCGACCCCGAGAAAGGCGGCCCGACAAUUGCCCCGUGCGCCGUGCUAGCUCGCAAAAUCGAGCAGCGGCUGACAAAACAGCGACACCAGCGGCGGCCGCAGCUGAGCCAACACGCGCGCCUCCCAGCGGCGGAAAAACCCAGCUCUCGGGCCGCAACGAGGCCGGGCUUCGACACGUACCCUCUGAGGUGACCGGCGGGGGCGGUGGUAUUUCGUGCGGGCGGCCUGCCGCCGUCAUCUCUUCCGCCGGUGGGCGAGAUCAAUGCUCGGGGGCGGCGCGCCGCUGUGUCAAAGGUGCGCCGCCGCCGCCGCUGGUAGCGCCGCUGCCGCUGCCGCCCCCGCCGCCGCCCCCGCCGCCGCCGCCGGCUGCGUGUGUUGUCAGCUGCGGCCGACAAGCAAUCAGCGGUGCUGGCUGGCGCUGA